AUGUUCACCUUUUGUGUGAGAUGCGCUAGUUCCAAACAAUCUGUUAAUGAUUAUGCAGCUGAUGCCGACGAAUCUACAACAGUAAUGCAACAUGAAUCCAAUCAAUUCGUAUUUAUUCAACGAGAAGAAGAUCCGAAUAUGAAAAGUCAAUCAUUAGAUACUAUUAAAUCAUUACCACCUCCAUUAAAAACUCAAUCCAAAUCAAUAUCGAUUAAACGACAACCAUCGAAAAAAAGCAGAAAAGACAAGACAAAAGCUUCUGCCAGUGCAAUUAACAGACAUUCACGCUGCGGAAUUUGA